AUGGCUUUCUCAGCUUCUGAUGAUUACAACCAAACUUUCGAAAUUAAUCCUCAUCACUUUCAUCGUUCGAUUUCUAGAACUCCAAGUCCAGUAACUACACCACGAAUCCUCCUUCAUUCUCCUCCCACUUCUCCUCAAAGUGAAAGAUCUGAAUCAGCUGAAUGGGCCGAAACUUCGGGUUUCGAUCAUGAUCUCACCCUAGAGGAUAUCUCAUUAUACAAUUCACCUAGAAAGAAACCAUCGUCGGGUUUCUUAUCACCUGAAAAACCAUACAAGGUAUUGAAUGAAGCUAUCACAUUACCACUUCGAGUACGUCGGGAAACCGGACCAUUGUUAAACUUUGAUGACGAAAGAAACAAGGGUUUGAGUACUGGUCCAUUUGGACAUCAAUUGAUUAGGAUUAGUUCGAAAUUAGGACUUCAAGGAAAAGAUGUAGGAAUUGUAAUGAAUGAAUUACAUCGACAUCGGAAUUCAAAAAGAAGAUCAAUGCUUAAGAAAUAUUCGAUUUUGGUUGGAUUGAUAACUUUGGCCAUAUGCGGCGGGCAAGUUUGGAUGUUGGUUAAAGUGGUCAUUAGUUUAUUGGGUUUAAAGUUGGAUCACAAUCAAGAUAACAUUUAUCUUAAAACUCAAAUCCUUUGGUCUCAGCUUGGAGUUUACUCUUUUGGAAUCUUAACUGGCUUUGGUGUAUUGGUUUGGGCUAGAAUGGCUAGAAGAGCUAGUGCUUUUUCUGAUUUCUUACUUAUUUUCAGCGCUGUUAGUAGUGUGGCCAACAUUGCUAUGGCCUUAAAUAGUUUAAUCUUGGUUCUUAUUCUCAAGCAAGAAACCUCCGUCCGAUGUAAUUGGGGCUUCGACUUCACUUGGAGCGACACCGACCCUGAGUGUAAGAGUACAGAUUCUGUUAUCACUACAGAGUUUCAACCAUGGGUGCUUGCUAGCAGUGUUCGGGUUCUGAUUACCAUUAUCGUUUCGAUCUUAUGGCUCGUGGUUCUAGGGAAGUUUAAGAAGGUCUUAUCGACAACGGCGAUUGUCGAGCCUACUUUAUCUUCAAAGGAGGUCCAACAGAUUUUGAAUGAACAUCAAACAGUCAUCGUUGCGUUGAAUGCUGGAGAUGACGCAGAAGCCCUUGGAUCGAAUCUUAAAGUGACUGAAUUCCUUGGAUCCGAUCAAUUACCUCAUAUGCCACAACGUGAGGAGGAGAAGGCCUAUAAUCAAAUUCAAGAUGUAAUGGGUGGUACACAUGGAAUCAAGAAUAUGCGAGCUUGGAAUGAUCAUAGACACAAUACAUGGGGUAAUGCAGUCAAUAGCGAUGGAUCCAUUGUCGAACACGCUGAGAUUUAUAUACCUUGGCCAACCAAUCCAGAAGAUGAGAACGAAAUACCUGAUUACGAAGAGCUUUCGAUCCGACAUGAUUCACCUGCACGUCGAUCAAUCUUUCAUCAUCCUACGACCAACUUAAGUCCAUCUUUUUCCAUGAGGGUGACAUAUGAUUAUGCGAAUCCAGAAGAAAACCCAACGAGUACUUUAACUGCCAAGGAAGAACAAACGAAGUUUAAAUCGUUUGUCAAAUCACUUCAUUGGCGUCGAAAAGUUAAAGGAGAUGAUCUAUCUGGUUCGUGUUUUCAAAUGACACCAUCCGUCAUGAUAAGAAAUGAAUCGAAUGAAAAUGAAGAACAUCAAAUCGGAACACCUAGAACAGCUUCAAGUAUUUCAUCUGGAUCUUACUCUUCUAGUCCUGAUCUAGACGUCGAAAAUGAUCUAUCACUCAAACCUUCAAAGACGAUCGGACAAGACGAUCAAGCUGUCUUUAUUAGAAUGAAUGAUGGUAGACUUGUAAGAAAGUUAUCAACUAUUGCAAGUGCUGGUAGUCAAGAAAUUCAUUCGAGUUCAGAUCAAUUUAAUUUAUCGGAUCGUGAUCAAAGUAGAAGUAGUGUGAUGACUGUUAGUGAUUUUACGGUUGGAUCUGGUUUUAGCAUUUGA